UGUAAAACGUCUCCUCAGAGCAAGGAGAUGCCUGGAGAUAAAGUCAGGUUCUCUGGCGACCGCUCUUUGGACAGCGCCGGCAGCCCGCCGUCUCGGCCUCGGCACUACCCUGCCGGCGUCCACGGCCCGCUCCAGGAGGCCGUCCUCCGCGGGAGCGCCGAGGAGGUGCGGCUCUUCCUCAACUCGUCGUCCUCCAGUGACGUCAACGCCAAGGACGCCGUCGGCAGGACGGCGCUGAUGCUGGCAGUGGAGGCCGACUCCCCCGAGGUUAUUGACCUGCUGCUGAAACACGGAGCUGAGCCGAACGAGGGGAACGCGUUCGGCACGUCGGCCCUCUACCAGGCCGUGUGCGCGCGGAGACUGCGCUGCGCCGAACGGCUGCUACUCGGCGGAGCGCUGGUGAACGCCCACUCGCUGCGGCAGCGGCACGCGCCGCUGCACGCCGCCUGCGCGGACGGAGACGCGCGCCUGGUGGCGCUGCUGCUGUCGUUUGGCGCCGACCCUGACGUGCUGGACUACCGUCACCGGACGCCGCUGCACGCGGCCGCGGCCGGCGGGUUCUGCGACUGCCUGUCGCUGCUGCUGCAGAGCGGCACGCGGGUGGACGUCAGGGACCUCCGCGGCCUGACGCCGCUGGGGGUGGCGCGAGACGCCGUCUGCCGCAGCGCGCUGCUGGAGGCCGACGCCGCGCUCAGCGCCGCCGACCUCCGCCUGCUGCUGCGGGAGCGUCCAGCAGCCGUGCAGCAGCUGCUGGACGGCGGCGUGCAGCCGGGCGACGGCGGCGUGCUGCUGGUCGGCUACAAACCGCUGCGGGACAUCGGCGGCAGUGAGCGGCCCUUCGAGGCCGAGCUGGUGACGGAGCUGCAGCGCAGCGGCCGCUGGGACCUGCUGGGCCACCCGGCCGUGGAGCUGCUGCUCGAGCUGACCCGGCAGGACGGCUACUUUGUCUACCACACCGCCGCCAAGAUCCUGUGGUGCGUCGUGUUCCUGGCGUCCCUCCUGGGCGCCAUGGUGGUCGACCUGUACCGCGUGGGCAGCGACAUCCCCCGUCUGGAGGUCGCCCUGAAGGGAGUCCUGGUCACACUGAACGUCUUCCAGCUGCUGUUCCUGGUGGUGAAGUGUGCGGUCAUCGGCGGCGGGUUCUUCCUCUCCGGCCGGCGCUGGCCCGUCCUGGUGAAGACGGUGCUCAUCUUUGUCGUGGUGUUCCUCCGCAGCGAGCCCGAAAAGCGGCUGGUGUACGCCUUCUCCGUGCUGAUGGCGUUCUUUGAGUUCACCAUGGCCCUGGAGUCGAUUUCCGUGUGGAAGACCACUCGCGCCAUCUCCUCGCUGCUGCACGUGACGCGCAGUAUCGCCGAGUACCUCCUCGUCUACUCGCCGGUGCUGAUCGGCUUCUCGGUCGCCUUCUCUGUGAUGUUCGGCAGCGGAGACGUGCCGGGCAGCAACCUCUUCCACGGCCACUUCCUCGCCAUCAACAUGGCGGCCAUGGUGCUGGGAGAGGUGGACGUCAUGGAGGCCGAGAAGCACACGCCCCAGUCCGGCCUCGGGUACGCCCUCAGCACACUCGUCUUCCUCAUGUUCGUCGUGCUCGUCCCCAUCGUGAUGCUGAACCUGUUGCUGGCGCUGACCAUCAGCGACACGACCAAGUUUCUCUCCAAGGGCGGCGCUGAGUUCCUGCAGAACCUCGCCAACCGCACGGCCUGGAACCAGCAGGCCGCCUUCAUGGUCGACGGCUGGGUGCACAAGCUGAAGCGGCUGAUGCCCGAGUGGCUGUUUCGGCACGUGGCUCGGUACUCGCUGCAGUUGAAGUGGCAGAGCGUGCUGCCGCGGCCCGCGGCGGCAGUGCGCGCCACCCCGCAUAUCACCGUCGAUCCGUUCGCCCAGGGUGGUAAGAAAGUGCGAGCGUUCGUCGCCGGGUACAGCCGCAGGUUUCGAGUGCGCAGCGAGCUGCGUCAGAGUCUGGACGCCAUCGUUCAGGCGCGGCGGCCCGCCGAGCCGGUCGUGCCGCCGCCAGCGACAGGGCUGGACGCCGAGGACGACGACGUCUGCGAGUCUGGCCUGGGGAGCGUCGGCACGGGGACGCUGCUGGGGAGCUGCGAGGAGCUGUGCCAGUCGACCACUGGCGUCCUGCGCUCCACGGUCUCCUCCCGGCUGCUCUCGGAGCGGCGGCCCCUCUCUGUCCAGCGGCGGUACAGUCGGGCCCCUCUGACUCACACAGUCAGCUCCUCGGGGCGGGGCGGCCGGGCAGGGCGUACCGCCAGCUCCCCGGUGGCACACCUCGGGGAGCAGCUGGCCGGGAUCAGGGAGGUGCUGCAGCGGCAGCAGGCGGCCCUGGAGCGGCAGCAGGACGUGGAGAACAGCAUGCUGGAGAGACUGAGGCAGAUGGAGGACGUCAUGUCCAAGAUGGCCGCCGCGCAGUAGAGGGUGGUAGGAGUUGUAGUAGGUACCUAAAAUACUAUCGUUCCAAGUACGACGAAGGAACAGUACGAGCUUCAGCAGAUGGAUGAGCACUCGUGGAACACCGAUCGGUACCUACCACUCCCUAUGUGUAAGCGAUCAAACAACUGCUGAAAGAUAUGUCGCUUUUAAGCUACAUUGUACGGCUAUUUCAGUGGAAUUACUGUGGAAGUGUGCUCUCUGCUAAAAGAAUGCCAGUUAUGGUUCGUGCAGAUUUCCGGGGGGGGGGGGAGCCCGUGUGGCGAGGACUCAUACACGGCAUAAUAAUUGGCUGUCGUGUCAUCUGUCCCCCGCUCACAGCGGUUACCUGUGAGUCACUGACGGUCCCUGGCUCACCGAGUGGCCCAGCGACUCAGUGGAAUGUGUGGAUGGAAGUGCCAAAUACUCGUCUGAGGACCAGAGCUACCAGGGCAGAGAGGCGCACUGACUAUACGGACUGAACGCGCGCGGCUCACAGCCCCUGACUAUACGGACUGAACGCGCCCGGCUCACAGCCCCUGACUAUACGGACUGAACGCGCCCGGCUCACAGCACCUGACUAUACGGACUGAACGCGCCCGGCUCACAGCCCCUGACUAUACGGACUGAACUCACAGCCCCUGACUAUACGGACUGAACGCGCCCGGCUCACAGCCCCUGACUAUACGGACUGAACGCGCCCGGCUCACAACAGUCCCUGACUAUACGGACUGAACGCGCCCGGCUCACAGCCCCUGACUAUGAACGCGCCCGGCUCACAGCCCCUGACUAUACGGCUCACAGCCCCUGACUAUACGGACUGAACGCGCCCGGCUCACAGCCCCUGACUACGGACUGAACGCGCCCGGCUCACAGCCCCUGACUAUACGGACUGAACGCGCCCGGCUCACAGCCCCUGACUACGGACUGAACGCGCCCGGCUCACAGCCCCUGACUAUACGGACUGAACGCGCCCGGCUCACAGCCCCUGACUAUACGGACUGAACGCGCCCGGCUCACAGCCCCUGACUAUACGGACUGAACGCGCUCGGCUCACAGCCCCUGACUAUACGGACUGAACGCGCCCGUCUCACAGCCCCUGACUAUGAACGCGCCCGGCUCACAGCCCCUGACUAUACGGACUGAACGGGCCCGGCUCACAGCCCCUGACUAUACGGACUGAACGGGCCCGGCUCACAGCCCCUGACUACGGACUGAACGCGCCCGGCUCACAGCCCCUGACUAUACGGACUGAACUCGCCCGGCUCACAGCCCUUGACUUUACGGACUGAACUCACAGCCCCUGACUAUACGGACUGAACGCGCCCGGCUCGUACAGCCCACCGUUAGGCUAGCUAGCUUCUCCGUGGGUCGUGGUUAGUGUUGUUGUGUAGGAGGCCGAUUAAAAUGUAUCCCUGUCUAAGAUUCGCCAAUAUUUCAGUCGAAGCUGCUUGAAAAUGUAUAGAGCAUAAUAAAUGUCAACAACUUCACCGCAUUGAGUGCCAUGAGUUCAAU